UAAAAAGAGAUAGAGCCUUAUGCUGAAGACGAAGCAAGCAAGAAAGAAACAGAGCAAACAAAAAGAAUGAGAGAAGAGAAGGACAAGCUGGCUCUUGUGUUAGCUGCCAAGUCAAGAUCAUUGCUGUACACUUCGUCACCUGCAACUCCAUCUGUGUUUGCUUCUCCUAUUCACACACUUGCUUCUGUUCCGUUUUGCUGGGAAGAGCAACCAGGCAAGCCCAAGAACCCUCUUCUUCCUCUUCCUUACCCAAAAUGUCUUGAUCUGCCUCCACGCUUGCUCCUUCCGGGUGAAUUGCCAUUGCCUGAGAGGAAGCAUCGGCUCUUUGGGUUCAUUAGGAAGAAAGGGGGAGGGGACGUUGUCGUCAGGGGUAGUUAUGUCUUUCCGUCGGAGAAGGAGAGAGCAGGUGAGAUCAAUAAUAACAACAACAUGAAGAUCAUGAAGUUUAACAGCUCAGGGAGUUUCCAUGGUGGUGGUGGCUCUCUAAAAGGAUCUCACUUUUGGGGAGGUUUAUGUAAGGGAUUGAAGCAAGCAAUGCCAUGGAAGAAGAAGAAGCUGAGAAGAGAAAGUCUUUGAGCAAUAUUUUCAAAUGCAUUACAAGACAAAAACUGAUCUUCUGAUCUACCUAUUGAGGAUCAGAAGAGCUACUAAAAGAAUGCUCUUAUAAGACUAGUAAAACUAAUAUCUUUGUGAUGUGUGUAUGUAUAAAUAUAUAUAUAAUUUCAAGACUCA